AUGUGGUCAUUUCAAGAUGAAUCUGGCCCAAUAACCCAAGUCCAGACGGUCAGUAGUAACGCCUAUUAUCGUCGCCCAAUGAUACCGCGUGUUGAGCAGGUCUCGUCCAGGGGGAUUGCAUUUACAGGCACCGAUUUGCCACGUGCUCCCCCAGAUGUACACCGCACAGUAAAGCAAAGGGCAGAGGUUAUUGGCAUCUCUGUUGCCAUUCAAACUGAUUUCCGUGAAAUCGAGAUACAAACAGAUCCUUGGACAGCUCCUCUCGAAGAAGACGCGUGCGGGACAUCAAAUCAAGAGGUGAAGAGCCUGCUGGAGCUCACGGUUGCAAAUGGACUACUUCCUGCACAUGAAGAAACCAUGAAGGUUAUAGAGCGGAUCAAGCGUCUACAGGACUUUGAUGCAGCCAUUCCAGCGCCCUUAGACCCAACACGUGCCACAUAUACAUAUGAGGAGUUGCAGAACGAGCAGAAGCGGAUAUCCAUGCUUGUCGAGCGUGAUCUGGCUGAGUGGAAGCGCAAAGAGGCAGAGAUGAAAAAGGUACAGGACCUGAGACUCGAGCUCCUCAUUCAGAAAUUGAUGGAGCGCGAAGAAGCGCGCACAGAGAUCAGGAUCCACAAACUAGAGAGAAUGAGAACUACGCACGAGAUGAAGGCGUCUGCACAACUUGAUAAAUUAAGUUCACAAAGAUUGAUGACUCUAAAGAAGCAGGCACAUAGCAGGGAUGCGACUAUUCAGCGCAUGGUCCGGCGCAUGGAGUCCCAUAAUUUUAGCAAUCGGUCUGUUAUAGAUACGGCUAAAAGAGGCCCACGCUUAGCUUUGCCUGAAACUAUUUCGACGUCUACAGUUGUCAACGGAACCAUACACUCUGCUAACAUUCUUAAUGCUCCGUUUCUAAAGCCAGGGGAAGCCCCGUAUCGAUACACAGGAGUUAUCAAGUUAGCUGGGACAGACUUACGUACUCAAGAAAGCUUUGAUGAGAUACUCCAAUUUAUGCCGGAGGAGAACAGAUUGAUCCUGGGUGCACCCCUGAACCAUACUCGGUCUGCCCAAUCGGCCAGGUUAUAUAACGGAGAGGGCUACACCCGUAGGCAGCGUGGAGCCAAGAAAUCUCGGGCUGUGACAUCCGACGACCCCAUCCCACAGCUUCUUCCACCUCCUGGAAUGACUAAGGGUGAAUUUGAGAUGUACCUUAACCAUACACAGCGUCGCUUUGCACGAACCGGUGUUGAAGUGGGUCAAUAUCUUAUGGGCAGGGGAGGUACCAAAGAGGAUAUCAAGGAAGGUCAGGGCCAGCCAGGAGAUGACGGAGCCGAGGCUCAUCAAGCAGCAGAAUCAAAUGCGGCAACUGCAGCUAUGUCAACCAGUGGUCCCGCGUCCUCUGCACAGCCACAGGAAGGUGAUACUGCCCAACAGGCCGCUCGCGAUAUUGGAAAGCAAACUCAGGCUCUGCACUUCCAGGAUCCACCAACUAUAGAUAAUAUCCGCCUAGCGGAUGCAGCUCUUUUCAUUCAGAACCUUAUUCGAGGUGCAGCCGCUCAGGUACGGCUUUAUAAUGGCAAAGAAAGGAGGCUCGGGCUUGUCCGCGAGCUUCGUCUUGCACACGAGCUAGUAGCGGCCCGCAAUGAAGAUGAGCUUCUAUCAGACGCUACGCAAGACCGCAUCACGGCUCUAAAGUCUGCGCUGGCAACAGGAUCAAUUUCGUCAGCGGUGACAGGCAUCAUAGGGACAACCCUAGACGCCCUGGCGAAAGAAAGAACUCGAAAGGAACAAAUAAACAGAGCGCGAGCUAUCCUCGAGGUGGCCACUCGUGAGCGCUAUCGCCGCGAGAAAGAGGAGUCUAUUCGGCGAGAAAACGUCAACUUUGAGCGCACAAAGAGUAACUUUGCACAGAUGCAAAUAAUGGAGGCCCACAGAGAUAUUGCUGAUGGCCUUCUCACGAGGAUCAGUCGACGAGCAAUAGAUGCUGAUGCGGCAGUUAGGUCAAAGGAGCUGGCCAUCCGCCAAGUAGAGGCACUUGUUGCUUUAGACUACGAAAACAGUAAGCAGUAUAUGAAGAACCCUGAGAAGUGCAUACGGGAUCUCAUGGCUAGUUUUCUGCUACCGGAAAUAGAUAGGCGCGUCCUUAUUUCAAGGCUGAAGCAGGACCAGGAAUCCGUCGGUUUGGCAAUCAAUAUUGUGCGCGAUGCAACGGCUGACCCUGGCUUUGGUACGCAGCCAGCCGAGACCAACACAGCCCUGAUAAAGUAA